AUGAACGCACUCGUCCAGUCUUCCUUGACUGAGGUCGAAUCAAAACUCAAUGCUCUCCUGACUAGCCUCACUACCUCGCCCACUGCUGCAGGAGCCCCCGCGGCGGCGAUCGCCCUUCUCGAUGCGGACGAUGCGCUAACCUCCGCUAUUGAAACCCUCCGACAGCACCAAGACAACUACGCAAAGAUCCUUCGAUUACGGGCAGAGGCUCAGCAAUUAGAGGAUCGUGUCAAAGAGAUCGUGGGAGACAUUGACAGGUUCGACAAAGAGAUUCGUACCGCUUGUGGAGGGAACGGCGACAGCGACAGCGAUUUCGAGUCUGACUCCGAUGACGAUCUUGGAGCCAAGGGAUCAGUCCUGCGGGGAAUCAAGGAGAUUGACUACAAACUACUCCUGGAUUUCGCGCGUCGCAUCAGCAAGUACAACCACGAAGCGGCAGCCGAUGCUGCAACGGGCGUCGCUGCAAAACGACAAGAACAAGGAACUGCCCUUGGUGAUAAGGAUGUGACAAUGACGGGCACAAACGGGGAACAGUCGACAGGAGAGGGCGCAGAGCCAGUGGCAUCUGUCACCAAAAACGCGACACAGUGGUUGGACGAGUCCGCGAAUGUGACGCGCGAGGUUUACAUGCUGCCAUACCCGAUGGAGGAACGGAUACGGAUGGGAUUAAUGGGCCAGGUUCAACUCGCUGCCGGCAACGAUCCUGAAAAAGAGGUUGAACGGUUGUUGCGCGAAGCUGAAGGCCUUGGAGCCGCAGAACCGCCCACACUGGUGGAGCCGGCGGAGAGCACAAAGCAGGCGGGCGAAGCUGCGAAGGCUGCAGCUCAGGCCGGAUCCUCAGCAGCUGGAAUGCCGCGGGCGCCAGCUCCAGCAGCCGCACCGAGACCCAAGCCCAAGGCGAUGCUGGACCUUGAUCUCUACGACCCCGAUGACGAUGACGAUUGA